AUGCGAGUUGGAUGGCACAAAAGAAUAACAUAUAUAUCCUUCAGUCGUAGUAGUAGUAGUAAUGAUGAUGAUGAUGAUGAUGAUGAGGAGGAGGAGGAGGAGGAGGAGGAGGAGGAGGAGGAGGACGAUGAUGAUCACAUAAACCUGAGCUAUUCGCCUGAAAACUCUUGCUUACAUGACUCCGAACAACGAAUCAGGUCUGAUAAAUAUCAAAACCCCAUACAAAUGAAGGCAUACGUUAUUUUGAUGAAUCUACAUGGUACAGUGAACGAGUACUCGAAUACGUCAUAA